GCCGAACAGCAUACUGGGAUACCUAAACAAAGAUGGCGGCUUGUUCGCCUCUUUCUCCUACAGAGCUUCCAAUUUUACUGUUUUGCGACACAUUCUCACACCAGGAAAAUGAGGAGAUGCACCUAGACCUUAUUAGCUUCCCUCGGCCUGUGGCUGUGACUGAGGCAAGAGUGAUUCCUGCUGGGCACAGGGUCCACGCAGCAAUCAGUGAAAGAGAGAAAGUUGGGGAGACCCAUCCACAGUCUUUCAAGCUUGAUAUGUUCAUAAGGAACCUGGAUAAUGCUGGUGCAGUGGUGUUUGAAAGACUUGGCCUGCUGGAUUACAAGGAGCCUAACAACUUUCAAGUGAUAGCUGAAAUAAAGGCUGCUACAGAUGUGGUGGUGCUCAGAGGCUGGUACAACAAAAUAACCAUCUCUCUGUAUGGCUACUUCACUGACGUCAACAGAGCCAGUCCUGCCGAGCCCAGACAGGAGCCACGCCUAGAUCGGCCCUCAGUCAUAAUGGACCCCAGGCCAAAUGAGCGCCCACCAGAUGUGAGACCAGACAGGGACAUGAUGGAAAAGGUCCCAGAGAGAGCAGAAAGAGGGCCUGUUAGGGGCUACCACAAGACCCAUGAAAGGGGCCCUAUUGAGAAGAUGCCCGACAGACGUGAGAGAAGUCCUUAUGAAAGAGGCCAUGAACGCCCUGAAAGAGGGCCCCGGACUCCUGAUGGUUAUGACCGAGAAGAUGAAGGGAAGGGAAGGAGGGGUUUUGUUGAUGAUAGCCCUAUACAGGGCAGCAGAAAAGGAGAUGACAAUGUACAUCCUAGGGGGAGGUUUCCUGAGGAGGGUUUCCGCGGGCGUGGGCGUGGUGCCGACUGGAUGGAGAAUGAAGGCCGGCAAAGAGGGAGAGAUGGUGAUGCACACUUGUCUAGGCCUGUAGAUAGUGGGCAUGGCAAGGGGCGUCAAAGAGAGGAGGAACCCAGUAGGAGCAGGCGGAGUAAGGAUCGUAGUCGUUCACCUCAGAGAAAGCCAUCGCCUGUUGCUAGGGCAACUGUUGGAGAGACUACUUCAGCAAAGCCGACAACUCCACCCGGAUCACCAAGAGAGGAGGAAGAGGCAGCAGACCAGUCUGACGUGCGAUCUGAUGACUUGUUUGAGCCUCUCACUCCAGACCACUCCCCCACAGAUCUAUUCAUGUCUGAUGAGGCAGACGAUGACGAUGAACAGGAUGCUUAUGAAGAAAUCCUCAGUGAUGAGGAGGAAAUGUCUCUUGAUGAUGGGACCUUGGACGAAGCUAGCGUCCAGUUUGCAGACAUGGAGCUUUACAGCGAAGAUGCUUGGAUGUCUGUGUCUGUUAGCUUCAACCCGUACCAGUGUGAUCUCUCUCAACUCAUGUCAUUUUCUCCCCCGGAUGAGACAGAACAUGAGGCUGCCCUUCAGAGGUUCCUAAAAGAUGCAGCUGCUAAGGAGAAAAUGAAGGAAGUGGGAGAGAAGUUGAUCGAACAAUUUGAGCUAUGCAAAACUUUGGAUAAAAAUAUUAAGUGGGUUGAGGCAUUUGAGGAGAUCCCCCCCUUGAUCGUUCCUGGAUUGGCUUGUGUUAUAAAAACCAAGGAGGACAGCGAUGUUGUAAUCACCAAGCUGGUUGAAUGGAGCAUGUACGCACUUGAUAUGGAGGAGGCCAUGAAGCAACCUAUAGCUGUCAACAUGCGCCUGCUAAAAGCAGGUUUAAGGACUGUGAAUGCCCUCUGCAGUUGCAGUCCGCAGAUAGCUGCUUUACUUAUAAAUGCUGGUGUCCAAGGACGACUACACACCCUGAUAACUACCGAGCAUGUGUCCUCUUCACUCAAGCUCUUAACAUUCCAAGCUUUCGAUAGUUGCACUGACAGUAAUGUUGGCCUCGAAAACUUCCUUGGUUGGAGCUCAGCAAAGGAAACGGAGGAUGAUAAUGGCACGGAUGAUGGUGCCCAGAAAUCUACAAAUGGUUACCAGAAACUGGUCGACUUUCUCCUGACUGACCAGACCGUGCGAGUGAUGGAGGCGGCCUCCAUACUGGCCCGUAAGAUUCACGUGUACGAGCUUUUGACAGCCUUGCAAAACACCGUGGAAAGAAUCGUGGCAGCAUAUAAACCCCAGGAAUAUGACUCAGAAGCGGACCCUGCUCCUGGUGGGGAUGGCGGAGUUGAGAAAGACCCUGCCCUGUUAUCAGAACAGGAUACUGGCAUGGAGUCAGAGGGUGUUCCAAGGCCUGGAGGGAUGACUGUGUCAAGUGAUGAUAUUGAAGUGAUUGCUGUUACUCUGGACGAGAUUUGUAACAUCCUUAAGCGCGCAAAUGAACUGAUUGCUCAACCCCCAAUAAAGGCCUUCCCUACCACCGCUAAGAUAACAGGUCUUGAAUCGUCAACCAAAGACCCAUAUCCAGUACUUUUUCGCCUGUUUGCAACAAGGCGGCUACUAGAGAGUAUUGUUGUCUUAAUGGCAUCGCCAGUGGGCUGCCAUCCUCUCGUAUACUGCUGCAUCCGGGAUCUAGUCUUCUACCUCCUCCAAUCACAACGAGGUCUCCUCUUUCUCUCGUCCCACCCCGAGGCCGUGAAUGGAUUGAUCCGUGUUCUCACACAGACAACCGAAGCUGAUAUCCACCAUUCUGAGGCACCGCCUUUGAAUGAGUUUCUGCGUGAUGGCAGCACCGCUGACCUAUGUACCCCUCAGCACCUCGGGCUCUUGCUCAUCUACCAUCUACAGACUCUACAAGCAGUGGAUCAGCUACGCAGCUCUCCUCUUCCAAGUCACUCUGUGUGCGAUAUUGACAGUGCUGACACCCUCUCUACUCUACACACGCUGUACUCCAUGACUUUUAGUGCUAUAGGAAAGGCCGCCGUCGUGUCUGUAUUGAGUCUAUCCAAGAACCUGGAAUCACUCCUGCCCUUCGUAGAACCCACCGGAAACCAAGCGGAUGACGCAAAGCUAAAGAAAUGUGUCUCCAGCCGUUAUGCCUCCGUACUUAUCUUCCUGACCGUCAAGGUUUCAGAGAACGUCGACAUGCUCUCCGAACUUGGCCCCCGGCUACUUGCCAUCACACAGAAACAGGAAGCAGAGUCCUCUCUCGCAGAGCUGAAUCACUGGGUUGCCCCCCUGAAGGACCUCAAGUUUGAUGCCUCGGACAUUCCAAACCUAGUAGAGUAUGUGAAAAGUAGUCUCGAUUCUAUCAACACUUCCCAACGUGUAUCCUGCGGAGUGCUGGUUGCGCUGAGGGUGCUAAGACAUCUGGCAUGCCCUCCCAAGCAGGACAGGGACAAGACAGAGGUCCACCAGAAGAACCUGAAGUGGAACUUGAAAUGUAUGCAGCUUUUUGCAGCCAAUGGCAUGGACAUCUUCAUUACACUGCUACAAAAACUGGGCGAGUCGCUGCUGAGACCCUGGCGACUGGGCCAGCCCUUUUCCACCGGGCAGCCCUUUAUCAUGAUUUGCAUGGCCACACCCUUGCUUGUGUUACUGAAAAGCAUGCUGGGGGAGCUACUUGACACUGGAACUUACCAGUUCAAAGACCGCCGACUGAUGACGUCACUAAUGGUGUUGCACACCGUCAUGUGCUCUGCCCCAAUGACUGGGCAGCUAAGCAGUAUCGCACAGCAGAUUCAGGGUAGUAUUGUGGAUCUCUUCAUGACGUUCACCCGCCCUGUUGUGCAGUCUUCCGAUCACGAAGAAGCAAUUAAGGAGAGUGUUUGGUCGCUCAUGCUUCGUGAGUUACUGAAGUACAUCACAUCUACCCCACAGGCAUUUCUUGGCGGACUUGUGUUCCUUUCUGAGCUCUUGCCUGUACCGCUGCCCAUGCACACACUAGAGGAAUUACCCCCUGAAGACGUGACGCAGGCAAUGAAUCACCGACUUCUAUGGAGCGCACACCUUAACCCGCUCAGUUCUGAUCUCCAGGAAAUCCUCAAGUCCCUAGCCGGGUCAGCAUGCCAUAACCUCCAGCAGGUAUUGAGGCGUGUAUGCUCACAGCUCGCCGACCUUUCAGCUCCGACAGCUUUCAACAUUGUCAGGACUCUCUUGGAAGUGCUAGAUAGCGAGCUGUCUAAAACAAGCGCCCAGGAGAAAACCCCCUGUAGUGCAGAUGCCGUGCGCAUAAUGACGCUACUAGCAUAUCUGUCGUCGCAACCUGCCAUCAAGAUCUCUUUACUGCAACUGCUUAGAACAAGCUUGGUAGCAAAGAACGACGAUCUUCUCUUUCCCAGUCUUCUCCCGGCCAUGUUGUCCCAGCUCAAGCUGGAGCCGGACGCCGCCCAUGUCGUAUCGCGGGCUCAGUAUUGCAUUGUGUCCAUAAUUCAGAAUCUCUGCGACCCGACGGUCAGCCUGACGUCAUUUGUCACUCCUUUCACAAACCAACACCUCUCGAACACCUUGCCGGACUGUGAGAUGCUGUCUGUCAUCUGUACAGCCCUGCUAGACCAUGUGGGAUCUUCCCAACAGUCAUUCGCCACCAUCCUCCUCGCUCUUCGCUCCAUGGUCACCCUCACCGAGCACAACUAUGGGGUGUAUCACCUUAAAAGAGCCUUGGAGAGCAACACUGAAGUAUUCUACCGCUUACUUCGCAGACUCUCGUCAUCCUUCGAAACAGGGAUUCCUGGUCCUGAUAGCCUGUCUACGCUCUCAACAACAACAGAACUGCUCCAGCUCCUUCUCCCAGACGACGCCACCCACGGAACCAUAGCAGGCGACCUUAUGGCCUCGGAUGCACCCACUACUUCCAAGUCAGUAGACCCGGCACCUACUGAUAACAGUAUCCCUGGACCAGAGGGCGACCCGUCCGCAACAACGAACGAGUCUACCAAAGAGUCUACCUUAAAGGCGACAGCUCCUGGUGGGACAGCUGAUGCCUCAUCAGUGGAGGCUCCUGCCUUAUCUGACAAGGCAGCCACCGUAUCGGGGGAUGCACCUACCAAGCCAGAUGAUGCCCCAGCUCCUUCGGACAAGGCUACUUUUGAGACUGAUAGGGCCGCUGUUGAUGAAGAUAAGUCAUCAACCGGUAAUGCUGAUAGUGUCAUCAGUGUUCCAAGGGCUGCUUCGAGCAGUGACAAGGCAUCGGUGGCUUCAGACGAGCUGCACCUUACCACCGAGAUAUCAGUGUCUUCCAGUCAGAUGAAGAGGUUUCUGAAAGCCGACUCACCUGAUGAGUAUCCGCUCAAGACGCUGGAAAAACGCUUGGAAGAAAGCUGCAAGGAGGAUGAGACCCUGGAGUCUCUUUUAGAGGGGAUCACCUCCCUCAUCCACAUCCUUGAUAAAGCCGACGAAUCAGCCAAAGAGCAAGAUGAAGACAAACAGCCCGACUUGCCUUCCUCGCAAUCCUUCCAGCAGCUCUUCACAGGUCGCGUGUCGUUCGUCAUCAGUGACAUGGAUGAUGGCCAAGUCAGCCCCACCCUCUGGUUCAGUACCCCCCCACCUGAGGACAUUGAACCUGAAGCAGACAUGGUGAAGUCCGACCUCGACUCUUUGAGAGAGAAAUAUUGUCCCGAGUUUGACUUGAAAGCCGAGCUCGAAAAGGGACUGGUACCCUCGCCCCCAGGCUCUCCAUCGCGCAAGAAAGGAAGAGUCGCCAAGCGUAAAUUUGACCCACUCAUCUCUGGGUUCCCGCGUGACAUCAAAAGGAUGCGAGGUCACCCGGGACGUGGUGGCCGCGGCAUGAGGGGAAUGAACCGAGGCAGAGGUCGCGGCAUGAACGACCUUUUCCGGUCACGUAAGCAGAACACGAGUCGCCCUCCCAGCAUGCACGUGGAUGACUUUAUGGCGAUGGAGCAGCACCAUCACCAUGCGCCCGACAAACAGCAGGACAGCGGAGUACCCGGUGGGCGCAGCCGCGGUGGCAUGAAGGGUUCAAUGGCUGGGCGUUCCCCGAUGGACCGAGGCGCCAGUGGUUUUAUGGGUAAUCAGGGACGUUGGACCGGGCCUUUUACCGGACAGAGGAAGGGACCUGGUUUGCAAGGCACGCCGGGAGGUCGUGGCGGCGCGCAGGACUGGGCGGGACAGCGCCAGACGAUAGGGGGAUUCCCCGGACAACGAGGCUUCCAGCGGGGCAGGCCCGACUGGACAAGUCCACAGGGAGCCCAACAGUACCGAGGUGGUCGCGGAAUGCGUGACAACCAGUACAACCGACCGCAGCAGGCCCGCGGCUAUUGGGAGGCCCCGCGCACAAAAGACUCUGAUAACAGGUUCAUGUCUCCGCCUGUCAACGUCAGCAACUACCGACCAGGAGCAGGGCGCGGCUACCAAGGCCGGCAUAUGAGAUCCUUUACUCGCUGAAGGCAGCAAGGGCCUGGGUCCGCACCACAGGUUGCCCAUUGUGGCUAUGCUAUAGAAAAUCUUAAGUGACCAAAAACAGCGCCAUCGCAGUUCGUCGUUUACAACUAAUCACAGCUCUGACACGAAGUUUCUUUGUGAUAAACACAUAGCAAUAAAUCGUUUGCAUUGGACAA